AUGGCCUCUUCAAGUCACCUGCCCUACGCCCAGCGCGCUCAAAAGCACCCACAUCCUCUCGGCAGGCGACUCUUCGAAAUAGCGGACCGGAAAAAGACCAAUGUGGUCUUGUCGGCAGACCUGACCAAUACCAAAGAACUUUUGGCUAUCGCUGACCGUCUGGGUCCGCAUAUUGCUGUUCUCAAGACGCACAUCGACAUUGUCUCGGACUUCGGUCCUGCCACGGUUGAAGGGCUGACCGAACUCGCCCUGCGUCACGACUUUCUUCUCUUCGAAGAUAGGAAGUUUAUUGACAUUGGCAACACUGUCCAGAAGCAAUACAAAGGGGGAGCGCUACGGAUCCACGAGUGGGCGCAUAUCGUUAACGCUACCAUUCUUCCCGGCGAGGGCAUCAUUCAGGCGCUGGAUCAGACCAUCCGUGAGGGUGGGAUAUGCGAGCGAGGCAUUCUGAUCCUGGCCGAAAUGACCUCAAAGGGGUCGCUGGCAGUGGGCGAGUACACUCGAAUAUCGGUUGAGAUUGCAAGAAAGUACCCCCAAAGUGUCUUGGGCUUCGUGUCAACGAGGGAGUUGUCCAGCCAUUCUCCUGCCGCCACGCAGGAUGAAGACUUCGUAGUAUUCACGACGGGUGUCAAUAUGUCCAGUAAAGGAGACGCGCUCGGUCAGCAGUAUCAAACGCCCAUCACAGCAAUCGAAGGCGGGUCCGACUUUCUUAUUGCGGGAAGAGGGAUAUACGCUGCGACUGAUCCAGUGAGCGCAGUCAAGGAAUAUCGAAAGGCGGGAUGGGAGGCAUACGAGCGACGUGUCCAACAAGUAGGCUCGGCCAGCAGAUAA